AUGGAAACAAAAUUUGGAAACGACGAAUCUCCUCCAAGAAAGAAUUCCUUUUUUAAGAAUGUUCGCACAUAUUUUAGAGAAUACUGUAAUUGUACCAGUAUUCACGGUUUUCGAUAUUUUGGAGAAAAAAGAACAAUUUUUGAAAGGAUUUGGUGGAUUAUAAUUUUUCUCAUCUGUUUGAUUGCUUGUAUAUCAGCAAUUUAUGGUGUGUACAGAAAAUGGGAAGGAAGUCCUGUUAUUGUCAAUUUCGCUAAUCAAGGAACUCCAAUUUAUCAAAUUCCUUUUCCAGCGAUCACAAUUUGCCCUGAAUCAAAAUCUUUUCAACCUGUGUUCAGUUAUACUCGUACAAUGCAGAAAAUGUUAAGUAAUGCUUCUGUAACACCGGCAGAACAUACCACGUUUGAAUAUAUGUCACUUAUUUGUAAAUAUCAGGAUAAACUCAAUUCUUCUUAUUCAAAGCCUGACAUAUUUCCUGACGAUUUCUUUGAAACAGUUCACAAAAUAAAACCACAGUUGUUACUAUAUAACUGCAUGUAUUUAGGAAAUACUGAUACAUGUAGCAGAUUUUUUAUACCAAUAAUGACAGAUGAGGGAGUGUGCUACACUUUCAAUAUGUUGGAUCGGGGUGAAAUUUAUAACGACAAUGUAGUCCAAUUUAGAAAUUAUCAACGUGCUCCCCGUAAUAUGAGCAAUUGGUCCGUAGAACAGGGUUACGCGGCAGAUGCAGGUCUUUUUCCAUAUCCUGCAAGAGCUUUAUUUGCAGGAGCAGUAAAUGGUUUAAGUUUCAAUAUUAUAACUCCUAAAACUUACCUAGACUUCGCUUGUCGGAAAAGUUCUCUUCAAGGCUAUAAAGUUAUACUUCAUUCUCCAAUGAGAAUUCCGCGACCUAGCCAGCAAUACUUUAGAGUUCCCUUGGAUCAAAGUGUUGUAGGAGCAGUACAACCUGUGAUGAUAAGUACUUCCGAUAAAGUUCAAAUGUAUAAUCCGAAAAGAAGGGGGUGUUAUUUUCCAUCAGAACGUCGUCUGAAAUUGUUUAAAAUCUAUACUUCAUUAAAUUGCAAAUUAGAAUGUCUUACAAACUUUACAUUGAGAACUUGCGGAUGUGUUAAUUUUUUCAUGCCGAGGGACAAUGAGACCAGAAUUUGUGGAACUGGUAAAAUCACUUGUAUGCGAAAUGCAGAAAAUUUUAUGCAAAUAAAAGAUUUGCAUAGGAAGCUGUCAAAAAAGGAUUUUAAAAGGGCAGAUGACUGCGACUGUUUGCCAAUCUGUACGGACGUUACUUAUGACGUAGAAACAUCACAAACUGAUUGGGACUGGAAGAAGUCAUAUAGUGCCCAUUUACUCAAACCGACUAACGAUUCUCAUCUAUCGUCGUUAACGAUUUUUUUCAAGUCCGAUAAUUUUGUCACUUCAGAGAGAAAUGAACUGUAUGGACCUAUCGACUUUUUAGCAAAUUUUGGUGGCCUUUUGGGUUUGUUUACUGGAUUUUCUGUAUUGUCUUUAAUGGAAAUAUUAUACUUUUUAUCUAUAAGAAUGAUUUGUAAUAAUCGCCUUUAUGGGUAUUGGGCAGGACCUGAAAUGUAAAUUAUGCCCCAGAUAGACUAAUGGAUCAUGCUAUAGCGCGUGCACUUAUAUUUUAAUUCAUAUGUGUAGAGUUUAUUACUUAUGU